AUGAACGUGAACAAUCUUUCGGAACAUUUACAGAACCUGAUAUCAAGCGAUUCAGAGCUGGGCUCACGCUUGCUAUCAUUGCUGCUGGUUAGCAGUGGCAACGCGGAGGAGCUCAUUAGUAUGAUAAAUAAUGGUCAGGAUGUCUCGCAGUUCAAGAAGUUGCGCGAGCCGAGAAAGGGGAAAGUUGCCGCAACGACGGCAGUUGUUGUGAAAGAAGAGGAAGCGCCCGUGGGCACUUCUAACGAACUAGAUAAGAUUAAGCAAGAGCGUAGAAGGAAGAACACGGAGGCGUCGCAGCGGUUCCGCAUUCGCAAGAAACAAAAGAACUUUGAGAACAUGAAUAAGCUGCAGAACUUGAAUUCGCAGAUAAACAAACUUCGCGAUCGUAUAGAGCAGUUGAACAAGGAAAACGAGUUUUGGAAGGCAAAACUCAAUGACAUCAACGAGAUCAAGUCUUUGAAACUGUUGAAUGACAUUAAGAGACGGAACAUGGGCAGGUAG